CGUGGAUCCCAGGCACAGGGCUGCGGAAUUUGAAUGGCAAAUAACACAGCGCAAACGACAAACCGUUUUUCAUAUAUAACACAUUCAACAUCUAGCACUACUAGUGUUUCUAUUAGACAACAGCUAUUCAACUAUUCCUACGCUAAUAUCAACCACACGCUAUAUCGCUACUCGCUUUUAUCAGACUAUUACCAAUACCAUGUCAGGCCAGAUAGUAAGGGAUGUUUCCGCGUAUAUAGCCAAGGAGGCGCCCCGCGGGCUCACCGUAGGUGUGCUAGCGAUGGUGCUUUUCGCUGGCUACCGCUACUUCCUCAAGACCCCCAAGAAGAGACCUGAUAGCCAAGACAUUUUCCCAUCCACCUUUGCCAACGAUAAGACCUUGGAAGAGUCUUCCGUCCAAGCGUGUGCCAUGAACACCAAUCUGUACGAGCACUGGACCCCGUCACUUUUCGGCCACCCCCAACAGCAACAGGCGCCUGUUCAGAUGCCCCCACAGAGCCAGGCCGUUCCCGACUUCCUAGACUUCGACUGGGAGAUUCCUGGUUUGGAAGUUGAUUUCAGAUAUGCCGCGGCGCAAACACCGCUUGCAACCCAACCACCGCAGCUCGCCAGCCAGCCGCUUCCACAUCCAGAAGAGCAGCCAUUUUGCCUUGACGACGAGUUAUUCCUCUACCACACGAACUGGAAAAACCAGCCCCAACCGGCGACCAACGAUAUCUACCCUACGUACGAGGAAGCUGCCUCGGCAUUUGCCAUGUUCGAACCGCGCUACGCCAACGUGUCUCCCCACUCCACCGAAACUUCUCCGUCCUCUUCCCACGAAGACUACACCAUAGUUUCGUCUGAGUCGUCCACCACAUCCACCCCCCAGGCGAAGCCUGAGAAAGCGAAGCAGACCAGAAUGAACGCCAAGGCGGACUCUGUUUGCACCAAAUCAGAUUUUGACUCUGCGGACGAUUUUGGCUCCGACGAUGAUGGCUUGGCUUCGGGAGACGGCUCGGCUUCCGGUUCCGACGUGUAUGCCUGCCAGAUGUGUCCUGCAGAGUUUCGCGUGCGCGGCUACUUGACGCGCCACAUGAAGAAGCACUCCACCAAGAAGGCGUACACAUGCCCAUUCUUCAGCGACAAUGCGCGUGUCAAGUGCCACGCGCACGGUGGGUUCUCGCGCCGCGACACCUACAAGACACAUCUCAAGUCGCGCCACUUUACAUACCCUCCCGGGACAAAGUGCGGCAGCAGGGGUGACGUUUCUGGCUGGUGCGGGCUUUGCGGAAAGGAGUACAAGGACAACGAGCUCUGGGUCGAGUUACACAUCGAGACGGGAGAGUGUGGUGGCUUGCCAAGUGGAUUUGUGGGGAAGCUGCGUUUGGUGAAGAAGAUGAUCAGAAGCGAGAAAUUGAAGUUGAAGAGAGCUAGAAAAGAAAAGAGAAUGGAGUUGGCCAAGGCCGGUUUGGGUAAGGCUAUUAAGACCGAGAGCCCUGGUAACCAGCUCCAGGGGUUCAGCCAGGAACAGAUUCGUCACGAACCUGCUUUCCAUGCUCAGCAGUUCCAUCUGCAACCCCUUCAAACGCAUCCGCAGUUCUUUGAUGCCCAGCAGCGGUUCCAACAGUUUGAUGUGUGCACGUAGAUUCGUCCACCCUGCAUGCCGAACCUUUAUGGCUUCUGCCUUCUAUUCAUUUCUCGGUCUUUAUUUAUUUCUGGUUUUCUUGGUGCAUUUGUGUAUUUCGGUUCUUUAUUUGUAUAAUGCUAUAUUUGUGAACGACUUUAAACAUUUAAUCAUAAGCAAUUAGGACGUCAG